AUUUUUCAGCAUGUAAAUCUCGUUUGAUUUCUUUAUUAGAAUGUUGGUUCAGCUUGUAAUGCUGAAGAUUUUGUCUUGAUCUUAAUUACGCUUGGUCGGCUUCGUUUAUUUAAUGACUCCCUUUUUGUUCAAUUAAUACGCAUAGAUCUUAGCUUCUUAAUUGCAAAUGGGUGUUCAUCGGGAAUUGAUUGUCAAUUUGAUGUCUUGAUUCGUAAGUUUUUAUUUUAACGUUGCAAUAAAGUGUUCCGUUGUUUUUGGAGGAGAAAUUAUGUUCAUGGAAGUAUCAGUUUAUCGUCUGUAUUUUACUUUUUUGGUAAUGAGGAGAUUAGCCUUCGAGGAGUUUCUGAUUUUGAGCUUGAGUAUACUAAUUGUUUUGACUCAUUCUUUCCUUUCUGAUGUAGUAAGAUUUUCUUCUUUGUUAAAAAAAAAAAUUUUACGUGCAAUUUGGACAUAUUCUCCAUUGUUUAUAUAUGCACAUAUGUAGUAUGUUUUCACAUGAACAGCUGUCUAUUCUCUAGUUGGGUUUAGAUUUGAUAAUAGAUUUCUAGUUAUCUUAUUGCAUCUUUUACUUCACUAGUUUCUUGUAAGAAAAUGUUUCACUUUACAGUUUAAAAAUUUCAACCUACCAUUUGAUAAUAUGUUCGAGACACUACAUUAACUUCCUCUAUUUUUGUUUCACUGAACUCAGUGAAAGGUUACCUUCAAAUGGUAGUAGGCUUUAUCGAGUAACAUAAUGAGUCAUUCAUUCCUAAUACUGAAGAUUGAAAAAAUUGACCCACAAAUCUUUACUCCCUUAUCCAUAUUUUCUCAGGAAAAAUUCUUAGUUUUGAUGUCAACACUUGGUCACAAAAGUCUAAUCUAACAUUAUUUAUAAAGCACUGUCCUCGGCAUUACGCGUGGAUUUGUAAGAAGUGUCUGUUAUGCACAAUUGUUAAAUUGACUCGCACCUGUUUGAUUGUUGUCCUCAGAGAAUGGACUCACUCCCGGAUGCCAUUGUUCAGUAUAUAUUGUCACACAUCAACAAUGCACGGGAUGUAGCAGUUUGUAAUACUGUAUCCAAACGGUGGAAGGAAUCAAUGCCUUUCAUUAGAAGCCUCUACUUUCCUCGCAACUCUUUCGAUAAGCACUCGGGCAGUGAUGGUACUGAUAACAUUGUCAUGGAGAUGGUUUCGUCUAUUGCUUAUUUAGAGGAGCUCGUUGUGUACAGCCCGUUCACAAGUGCAGGCCUUGCUUCAUGGCUACUGCUCACAGGUUUAUCCCUUAAGAAACUUGAGCUUAGAAUGGACAAUCUUGCUGACUAUCAAGCCUGUCUUGAGAGACCUUCAAAGUUGGAUUGCCUUAGCACAGCAAAGAAUUUAGAGUCAUUAAAGCUCUGGGGUGUGCUGAUGGUUAAUUCGCCCAAAUGGGAUGUUUUCCCUAACCUUAAAAACCUUGAAAUAGUUGGUGCAAAAUUGGAAGACAAUGCCUUGUCUACUGCGCUUCUUGCCUGUCCUAAUUUAACAAAGUUGCUGUUGCUUGGUUGUGAAGGAGUUAGAUCCUUUUCUAUUCAGAUGCCAUUUUUGGAGGAGUGUAAACUGGACUUUUAUGGCUUGGGCAACUCUUCACUGUCUCUCACUUGUCCGAAAAUUGCAUCCCUUGAGGUGCAGGGUUGCAGUUGGAUUCGAGUUCGUGAAACUAACUUUUUGAAGAAUCUAUCAGUUUCCAAUAAUACUGGAAGAGUGUACAUGGUGGAUUUUGGGAAGCUUGCAGCUCUUGAGUUUUUGUCAAUCAGGGGGGUCCAAUGGUGUUGGGAUGCAAUAAGCAAAAUGCUUGAAUGGGCAAGUGAAGUGAAGCACCUAUACAUGAAGGUUGAAUUCACUGGAGAUUUUGAAGCCCUUUUACCUUUCCCAGAGGUUGACUUUGUCCAAUUCUUUAACAGCCAUCCCAAGCUUCAAAAAUUUGACGUCCAUGGAGCCAUGUUUGCUGCUCUUUGCCAAAAGAACAGCCUGAAGAAAGUGGAACCAGGGUUUUUGAUUCCAUGUCUAGAAGAGGUAGUGAUCACGGUGAGAUCGCCAUUAAAUGCUGAACAGAAAAUGAGCACGCUCGAAUCACUGUUGAAGUACGGGAAGAAUUUGAAGGCAAUGAUAAUAAGGAUUCUUCAAAUGAAAAGCAGCCAUAGCAGUUCAGACGAUUUCUUUGACGAAAUCUGCAGGUUUAGGUACAUGAAUAGCAAGAUAGUUCGAAUAGAAUAAAAAAGAUGAGAUGGGAGCUCUUUCUCUCCCUGUCAUUUAACCAAAUUUCCAUUCACAUUUUCUUGUUCAUUGCUCUUAACAUUUUUGACGGUUAAUUUGAUGAGAAUUCUGAACAUUGUUAAGUCAAAUCAUUUCCCCUCAGUAACAAUGCUUUUU